GCUGAGGUUGUUUGGUGUCAAAUAAAAUUGUCGGCGAAUAGCAGGACUUUUGGGAGGAGCCCCGCCGCCAGGAGGCUGUGGUACCUUCUCAGCAUCUCUCUUGAGCCAGCUGAGGGAGUUGUGCGCGUGCCUUGCAGGAGACUGAAAGAUGCUUGAAACCAUAAAGGGAUGGAUGUGUUGACAGUUUAAGAAAUAUUAAGAUGGACCAAACUGAAGCUCUUUUUUGAACCCCAAGCAGAGAAAGGAUGCUUCUAUGUGGCUCUGAUUCUAGUCAUAAACAUAUUAGCCAACCAUCUACAUCUCAACAUGCCAGUUCAGGACCAAGAUUCUUCCAAAGAUGCAGCUGAAGAAAAUGGUCUUCCAAAACUACCCCUGCCUGAUCUGAAAGACACACUGGACAUGUACCUCAGGUGUGUGAAGCACCUGCUCACGGAAGAGCAAUUCAACAAGACUCAGAAGAUAGUGAAGCAGUUUGAAGCCCCUGGAGGGGUGGGGGAGCUUCUGCAGAGCAAACUCGUGGAGAAGAGGGAGAAGACAGCAAACUGGGUGUUUGACUAUUGGCUGAAUGACAUGUACCUAAACAACAGAGUCGCUCUGCCCGUCAACUCCAGUCCUGUGAUGGUCUUCCCACAGCAGAACUUCAGGGCCCCCAUUGACUCCUUAAAGUUUGCUGCUCACUUAAUCUCAGGAGUUUUGGAGUACAAAGCUCUUCUGGAUGCCCAUGACUUGCCUGUGGAUUGUGCCCGGGGACAGCUGGCUGGAACCCCUUUGUGCAUGGAGCAGUACCACCGCCUGUUCACAUCCCAUCGCCUACCGGGAUUGGAGAAAGACACACUGGUGGCGCUGGAGAGCAGCAUGAUGCCAGAUCCUGAACACAUGAUUGUGGCUUGUAAGAACCAGUUCUUUGUUCUGAACGUGGUGAUCAACUUUUGUCGACUCAAUGAAAGAGACCUGCUGAUUCAGCUGGAGAAAAUCAAGAAGAUGGCUGAAAGCGGAGAAGACCGUCUCCCACCGGUGGGUCUCCUGACUUCAGACGGAAGGACCGAGUGGGCAGAAGCUCGCAGCAUUCUCAUGAGAGAAUCAAUUAACAGGGACUCCCUCGACAUGAUAGAGCGCAGCAUGUGUCUGGUCUGUCUUGAUGAGGCCAGUGGUCCUGAGCUGAGUGACACCACACGCGCCAUGCUGAUGCUCCACGGAGGAGGAGCAGCCAAAAAUGGGGGCAACCGCUGGUACGACAAACCCAUGCAGUUUGUUGUAGGAGAAGAUGGCUGCUGUGGAGUCGUGUGUGAACACUCGCCUUUUGAAGGGAUCGUCCUUGUGCAGUGUACUGAGUACCUCCUCAAAUACAUGAUUGGGAGCCCGUCAAAGCUGGUCAGGGCUGCGAGCGUGAGUAAGCUCCCUGCUCCACGCAAGCUUCACUGGAAAUGUUCUCCAGAGAUCCAGAAACGCAUCAGCUCUUCUGCUGACAAACUCCAGAGGCUGGUGAAGAAUCUGGACAUGAAUGUCCAUAAAUUCUGUGACUAUGGGAAAGAGUUCAUCAAGAAACAGAAGAUGAGCCCAGAUGCCUUCAUCCAGGUUGCCUUGCAGUUGGCGUACUACCGGUGUCAUGGCAGGAUGGUGUCGACCUACGAGAGCGCAUCUACUCGCCGUUUUCAGAAGGGCAGAGUCGACAACAUCCGCUCAGCCACACCUGAGGCUUUGGCUUUCAUCAGAGCAAUGACUGAUGGGAAACUCAACUCAAGCCUUUUGCAGAACAUAGAGAAGAUGAGGAUGCUGCGAGAGGCUAUAACUGCACAGACAAAUUAUACUGUUCUGGCAAUAUCAGGGAUGGCAAUAGACAAUCAUCUGCUAGGUCUUCGAGAGAUUGCACAAGAAAUGAAGAUGGAGAAGCCAGAAAUCUUCAAAGAUGCAGCUUACCUCAUCAGUAACCACUUUCUUCUCUCAACAAGUCAGGUCCCCACCACCGUGGAGAUGUUUUGCUGCUAUGGACCUGUUGUCCAAAAUGGAUACGGUGUCUGCUACAACCCCCAGUCAGACCACAUCAUCUUUUCAGUGUCCAGCUUCCAUGAGAGCCCGGAGACAUGCUCAGCAGAAUUUGUGAAGCACUUGCUGCAGGGACUGCAGGAUAUGAUGGAUCUGUGCAAUGAAUGCAGCACUGACCCAAAUACAGCUGAGCGAAGGAAAGGUCCGACACUGGAGCCUCACUCACAGGCAAGCCAGCUGGAGAAGACACUGCAAAGGGAAUCGGACCCAACCAAGGGGAAGAGUCCGGCCCAGACAAAUGUACAAAUCCAAAGCCAGAGUUCAGCAAAGGUAAAGAAAAAUAACGAAAAGAAAUAAGAAGCUUUCAGUCGUGCUGUUGGUGGCUUGUGUUCAAAUGAGUGCUUUUGUGCUUCAGUAUUCCUCAAAAGUAAAUACAGACUGUGACUUUUAAUGUUUUGGAGGUGUACUAUAGUAUAAUAAUCUAACUAUUUUAAACAACAAAUGGCUUUUAUUUUUCUUUAAGAUAAAUAUGUGUCUGUCACAAAAAAAUCCAGUGCAACAGAGGAUAAAACCCCUGUCAACAAUAAGAUUAAAGCUAUUGAGAAUUAUUUUAUGAUGAUGAGCCAAAGAAAAAAGUUUAUUUAUAAACCAGAGACAGUAUAAAUAUGUGGUAUGAAUGUGCAAUUUGCAUGCUGCUACUUAAUGGUUUUCUGAGGACUAUAAAGCUUCUAUUUGGAAAGUUGUCCUACUAUCUUUCCAAAAAUGAUUAAUGUAUUCCUGAAUCCUAAAAUUCCUUUAAAAAUAUCUUUAAAACUGUCUUCAUAGAUGUUUAUUUUGUGUCGUAUUAAACUUUUUAGGAUGUACAAUGUGGAUGUGUUUGCAUUAAUCUAUAUGAAAUUCGGUUGUGGUUGACUGCAUAUUAUCUAACAAUGAUUAAGUCAAUGCAGCAAGAUGUAACACUGGAGGGAAUAUGUAUAUUUGAUCUAAAAAUCAAAAGAGAUUGUGUACUAAAUAUGAAAUUGUUAAAAAUAUAUAAAUGAAAUUUUAAGCAAAAAAAAUAAAAGAUAGCAACCGAUUAUGAAAUGGUUGCUCAACUUUUUUUUAUUUUUUAUGUAACAUGUUGUGUGUUUUGUUGUCUAAAAAAAAGCUUGAAAUGCAGGCAAAGAGAAAAUAAGUGUUAUCAAGCACGAAAACAGCAUUUGAUGGAGUCUUAUGUGUGCAGACGAGUUGUCAAAAUAAAAAAGUGGAACUAAUUAAAAAAUGUCCUGCUCAAUAAUAAAUCAAUAGAUAUUUACAGAAUCCCAAAAAAGAAAUCAAGAAAUGCAUUUAUUUUGAUCUGAAGAUGCCAGUCUACAGACACAUUGCUGUAGUUGAGUUGACUAAAGGACACAUGAAUUAACACUUUUGGUGCAGACUCAUAAUGUAUUUCGUUUUAGUUAUUUGCUCAGUAAGUCUUUUUCUAUUUAAACUGCUCCUUUAUUGUCAGUUUUUGAGGUUUCCUUUGCUCAAAACCUCCACAUGUUCAGUUUAAAUGGUUUGCAGUUUGUCUCUGUCAUUCUCUUGCUGCUUUAUUUCACACAUAUAAUAAAGUUUAAUUUUGAUAUUGAUGAUAAAUGUUACUUCUUUUUCUUCUUGUACAUAAAUUAUUAUAUGAGAGUCAGUGUUUGUUGAAAUGUUUUAGGUACAAAUACUAAUUUUCCCUCAAGCGACGACUUCAAAGAAUUCCUGCAAAUACAUGGGUGAUAAUUUGCAAGUGAAAGACUGGACUUUCCUGCAGGAUCAUGCCAGAUGAUGACGCGGAAGCUCAAAGUCAGCAAGGACACUGCCUUCAAAUGCACAUAAAACAUGAAGCUCCUGGAGGUCAGUGAAUUAGCUCAUCUAUGACUCAGACAGAGUUAAGUCAUCAUGAUGUCCUCCAGCAGGUAAACCUCAAAGUGGUCCCAUGUUUUAGGGUGAAGAUGCAAAAGAACAUUUUGAUCUAGGAAGCUGAAUCCUGCUGUGGAAAGUGCUUUCCUGAAUUAAAAAUAUUCCACUUGUUGUUGUUUUUUAAACAGCCAAUAAACGACUGCAGAUGCUUUA